UUACACUGUAGAAAAUGUAAAAACAAACGGGUUUGUCAUCAAACGAUAAACGUUCAAUCAUCUUUGCUAUGGAGUUUUUUAACCAUCCAGACUGGCGGAUAGGGAAACUGAUGCUUUGUUCCUUCGGUGGCUGGCCUUAUCAGUCGCAACACUCCCGCCGAAUACUCAAUUUCAUAUCAAUUUUUACUGUCCAAAGUAUUUUUAUACCAGAGAUAUUUAGACUGACCAGGAUCUGGAACAGCAUGGAAAUGAUUGUUGAGUGCGUACCCAUGAUUUCGCUGCACAUUGUCGCUAACAUUAAAAUGUUUAAUUGUAUAAUUAAUUUAAAUAAGGUCAAGGUACUACUGGAACACAUCGAACGUUAUUAUCAAUCAGAUUUAUGUGAAUCUGAAUUACGGAUUCUGUAUAAAGACAGACAAAGUCACAAAAAAGUCAUAUCCAUUUACGUUUUCUACAUUUAUUUAAUUGCGGUGGUUUUUGCAUCAAUACCAGUGCUAUCAAAGGUACUAGAUCUGAUAGCGCCGCUCAACGAAUCGCGGCCAAAAGUUUAUCUCUACCCAGCUGAGUAUUUUGUCGAUCAGGAUAAAUAUUCAACAUACAUUUAUAUUCACGGCUACAUAGCAUUGCCAAUCACGAUGACUCUCUGUACCGCGUAUGACUUUUUGUAUUCUGCUUGCGGCCACCAUGUUUGCAGUAUGUUUAAAAUUGUGGGAAAUCGCUUGAAAAAUUCAAUUGACAAAAAAAUUGUUUGGACUAAAAAUGAGACAUUAGACCGUAAUAAUAGACAAGAUGAAGUCUAUAAGUCAUUGAUAGAGUGCGUAAAAAUGCACAAAUUUAUACUGAAUUAUGUUGAUUGUUAUCAGCAGGCUUUUUCUGAUAGUUUGUUUUUAGUUAUUGGUGCAAAUAUGUUAGCUCUGUGCAUCACAGGCUUACAGAGUUUAAUUACAAUGAAUCAAUUCCAUGACGCAGUUUCAUAUAUCGUGUUCGCUUUCGGACAAUUGAUCCAUCUAUUUCUCCUAAAUUAUCAAGGACAAAACAUUAUCAAUCACAGCGAAAAUUUUUAUAAUGAUGCAUAUCAAACAAACUGGCAUGAAUUCCCAAAAAAAUCAAGGAAAAUAUUUAUUUUAAUAAUAAUGAGAAGUUCCGAGUUUUCAAUCAUAAGAGCGGGAAAAAUUUACGUAAUGUCAUCUGACAGUUUUAGUAACGUGCUUAAAACAGCGAUGUCAUAUCUAAUGGUUUUAAAUUCACUUCGUUAAUCACUCAAUAGAUCAUCAGUUUCCUGUAAACAAAAUUAAAAUACAGUAUCUAGUAUCUAG